CGCGCUACACUUACUUUCAGUUCUCGUUUGAAAAGCAUCGCGACGGGUACGAAACAAGCGCGCAGCGCACCAAACAACUUCAAAAUAAAUAUAAAAAAAAGAUAGAAAAAAAUACUCCUAUCAAUACUGCCAUUAAUUAACGAUCUACCUCCGAUAGCGCAACAACAACAAUUACAAAAAACAAAUUUAAAGUGCGUGCUGCCAAAUAAAAGAACAACAACAAAACUAACAGAAAAGAAGCGAACAAGAGAAAACGAUAACAAUGAAAGCUACGCAAUGGAUCUUACUCAUUUGUCUGCUUAUUGCACAAUUCAAUGCUGACUUUUGUCGUGCGUCACCAACUGGGGUUGAAGAAGAAGAUGAUAUUCAGAACGAUGAUUAUGGUGAUUAUGACGAGGAUGAAUCUGCAACUUUGGACAGCCAACCGCCUAAAGUUGCAGAGAAUGCGUUCAGUGAACCUCCUUUCUUUGAGCAACAGGAGAUUGUGAUGAAAGCUAAGCCGGGAGACACAGUGAUCCUCAACUGUGAUGCCCGCAACUUUGCAAUUUCCAACGUUGCCAUGUGGUACAAGGACUCCACCCUGGUGGCAAAUGGACAGAAUGCAAUAAGCAACCGGGUGGAGGUCAUGAAGAACAAUUCACUGAAGCUGACUAGUGUAACAGCCGAGGAUGCGGAUGAUUAUUACUGUGCGGUGUUGCCACAGAACGUGAGGCAGCAUACAAAGCUGACGGUGGGCGCCCGGCUCUCGAUCCUUUGCGACGAUCGCGAUGUUACGGAUCGAUCGCAGACGUUCAAGCAGGGCGACCGCCACACGCUACUCUGCCAAACGUUCCUGCCCAACAAGACAGACAUCAAAUGGUCCUUUAAUGGUCAGAGAUUUGCAACAUCCGCGGAGGACACGGCUAAUGGUGUCAUUGUGCUGGAAAAUGUGGACGAGGAGAACGUCGGCCUUUAUCAAUGCCUGGGCGACGACGGCAGCUCUGAUCCGCCACAUGGCAUGCUCACCAUCGACGUUCAGUACAGUCCCAAGGUCUCCACACACCGACACCAUGUGAACACCCAGGAGGGGGGCAGUGCCCAACUCUACUGCGAUUAUCGCGCCAAUCCCAUUGCCAUUAGCUUCUUCAUCAAGGAUGGCAAGACUCUGACCCUGUCCGACAAGUAUUCCAUUAAGAAUUCACUGCACAAGCAGCACAAUCGCACCACGCUUAUGAUUAAGCAUGUGGAUGAAAAUGAUCUGGGUGAGUAUCUGUGCCAUGUGGAGAACUCCAUUGGAUCCAACGAGGUGCGUGUCCAGCUGAGCUACAAUCCAGAGACGCCUCAGUUCGAGAACAUGACCAUCGAUGGCAAUAUGGUCACCAUGCACUGGUUGGUUCGCAGUCUCCAGCCCCUCUCCGAGGCCAUGUUGGACUACAAAAUGACGGGGUCAUUUACGUGGAGCACGGUGUCGAUGAUUAAAACACAUCGCCAUGAGAAGGAGAGUGGCAUCUGGAAGAUCACACAUCAGAUGGAACUGACGCCUGGACUGUGGCAUGCGCGUGUCAAGACGAAGAACACCCAUGAUUGGUCCCAUUUCUCGCCAGAACACGAUUUUACAAUUGAAGAGGCUUCAAGUGUUAUCGAUGAAGGUGCUGUGCCGCCAGAGGAUUUAGUACGUGCCGGAUUUGGACCUGUGGGUGGGGACAGCAAGAAUACGGCGUGUUUAGUCAGCUUAUUGCCGGGCUUGAUCGUAGCCGCAUUCAGCAUAUCCUUGCUCCAGCUCUAAGAGUGUGCAGAGUGAGGAGCUGGCAACGGGGAGCAGGUACAGGGCCAUGGGAACUGUACAUAUGUAUUUCAACUUAAAUAUGCCUUGAACCCGGUACCUUGGCAACUGGUCACCUGGUAACCUGGUCAAAUGGUCACCUAGGCACCUAGCAGCUUAUUUAUAAGAAUGCCAAUGCAAAAAAAAACCCAAGUAUUCUAAUUAUACAUGCAAAUGCAAAUGCUAAUGCGCCUAAAAGGGGUCAAUGUUAAUGUUAAUGUUAAUGUAAAUGUUAAACUAAAAUCAAUCACGCAUAAGCAAAUCUAAUUGAAACAUUUGUGCCAAGAAGCAUCCGGAAAUAGAGAGAUAGAGAGAGAGGGACAGAGAGAGAGAUGGUGGGAGAGAAGGAAACGAAUUAAUAUGUGUAGCUUAGUUUAGAUAAAGUUAAAGUUGAAGAUGCGACGAUUGGUUGAAAACCGCCCAAAACCUAGCAUAUAAUAUUUAUUUGUUUGUAUGUACGAGAAAUGCAAGUAGUUAACAGUGACGAUACAAGAUAAUAUACAAUUUGAGAAGCAAAACCUAAAUAAAAACAGUUGCAGAUACAGAAACAAAAUCAGAUACAGAGUCGAAUGUAAAUAUGAAUAUGGGUAAAAGAAGAUCAUAUAGCGUGUUGAAGACGGGUAUAUAUAUGCUUAACGAUAAUUAAUAUAUGAAAACUCUUUAUAUUUUAUUUAAUAAAUAUAAUCGAAUAACGAGAA